AUGGGUUGUUUCAAUAGAGCUUCAAAGACCCUCAAAUCAUCUAAAUAUGUCUCUCUACUAUACCCAUCCUCUAAAGUCGCCCAAUUUUCUAGUGUAUUUAGAGCCAACCCAGUUUGUAGCAGACUGAGGCUGCCCUAUUUUGGUUGGAGUACCCAUUCUUUUUGUUCUCAUUCUCGGCAGUAUAGCAAAGAAACUACUAGCGUAGAUUUAACCCAAUACCCGCCGGAAAACAUUCGAAACUUUUCGAUUAUUGCCCACGUUGAUCAUGGUAAGUCUACUCUUGCUGACAGGCUUUUAGAGCUUACUGGGACUAUCAAGAGAGGCCAUGGUCAGCCUCAAUACCUGGAUAAAUUGCAGGUAGAGAGAGAAAGGGGAAUAACUGUUAAAGCUCAGACAGCAACUAUGUUCCAUAGCCACAAUUUCCAUGGCACAGACACGAGUUUUUUACUGAACUUGAUCGACACACCUGGUCAUGUGGAUUUCAGCUAUGAAGUAUCAAGAUCUUUAGCUGCUUGCCAGGGUGCCCUUCUAGUUGUUGAUGCAGCCCAAGGUGUCCAGGCACAAACUGUUGCAAACUUUUAUCUUGCUUUUGAAUCUAACCUGUCAAUAAUCCCUGUCAUAAACAAAAUUGACCAGCCAACAGCUGAUCCAGAUCGCAUUAAAGCACAGUUAAAAUCUAUGUUUGAUCUUGACCCUAGUGAUGCACUUUUAACAUCUGCCAAAACUGGUCAAGGUCUGGAGCAAGUCCUUCCUGCUGUCAUAGAGCGUAUUCCUCGUCCUCCUGGGAAGAGCUGUUCACCUUUGCGUAUGCUUUUGUUGGAUUCUUAUUAUGAUGAAUACAAGGGAGUGAUCUGCCACGUGGCAGUUGUUGAUGGUGCGCUGCAUAAGGGAGACAAAAUAUUGUCUGCGGCAACUGGCCAAGCUUAUGAUGUCUUGGAUGUUGGUUUCAUGCAUCCUGAGCUCAUGCCUACUGGAGUCCUUUUAACUGGACAAGUGGGAUAUGUUGUCAGUGGCAUGCGAUCAACCAAAGAGGCACGUGUUGGAGAUACUCUGUAUCAUAGUCGAAGCACUGUGGAGCCCCUUCCAGGUUUCAAGCCUGUAAAACAUAUGGUAUUUUCCGGUCUUUAUCCAGCCGAUGGAUCUGAUUUUGAAGCACUUAACCAUGCAAUAGAGAGACUGACAUGCAAUGAUGCUAGUGUCUCUGUUUCUAAAGAGAGUAGCACAGCACUUGGUAUGGGUUUCAGGUGUGGUUUCUUAGGCUUACUUCAUAUGGAUGUGUUUCAUCAGCGGCUGGAACAGGAAUAUGAUGCUCAUGUCAUUUCUACUGUUCCAACUGUACCUUAUAUUUUUGAGUAUUCAGAUGGAAGCAAACUGCAAGUUCAGAAUCCUGCUGCAUUGCCUUCAAAUCCCAAACAACGUGUAACUGCUUGUUGGGAACCUACUGUUACAGCUACAAUAAUUAUUCCUAGUGAAUAUGUGGGGCCUGUUAUCACCCUUUGCUCUGAGCGGAGAGGGGAGCAGUUGGAGUACUCAUUUAUUGAUAGUCAACGAGCCUUUAUGAAGUAUCGUUUACCUUUGAGGGAAAUUGUUGUUGAUUUUUACAAUGAAUUGAAGAGUAUAACGUCAGGGUAUGCUUCAUUCGAUUAUGAGGAUGCGGACUAUCAGGCCUCGGAUUUGGUGAAACUUGAUAUCCUCUUGAAUGGGCAACCAGUUGAUGCAAUGGCAACUAUUAUCCAUAAAUUGAAGGCGCAACGUGUUGGUCGUGAACUUGUGGAGAAGCUGAAGAAAUUCAUAGACAGGCAAAUGUUUGAGAUAACCGUACAAGCUGCCAUUGGAUCAAAGAUCAUUGCAAGGGAGACGUAAGUUAUUUACCUUUUUCUCUGGUAGAAUAGCCUUGAAAAGGUCAUUAAUAUAGUUCUUGGUGUUCUAUUUCCCUACCUUAGGGUUUGGUUGUUUUAUUUCAAGUUAUUUUCUUAGUUUGUGGUACUAGUGAGUAGUGUAUGUGUAAAAGACUAUCGAUUAACUUUCUAGUUGAUAUUUACCAUCCUACCUUGCACACAACAAUGGAAUUUAUGCCACUGAGAGAUUGAAUGCUGGACUUCAACAUAGUGUAUUGUCAAAUUUUGGUUCCAAUAUGUAUUCAUUUUCUCCUCGCUACCCUAGCCAGAAAAUUGGUGUCUAGUAUAGAUUUUUUUUUUUUUUUUUGGUGUCUAGUAUAGAUUGGGGUUGCAGUUUCAGAAAAAAUAUUCUAUACAUUGGAGCUUGUCUAAAAAUAGUUCUAUUGCAGCAAGGGAGUGUUUUUUUUUUGGGUCUGAUUUCUUUUGGCCCAAACAAUUUUUUGGAUGUCAUCACAUUUUAGAUGCUUUCGUAGCAAGGUUGAAUCGCUGAUAUGAACAUACUGUCACAGCCCGCCUUGUAGAAGGAAGGGAGCUUGCUAAGUGUCUAAGUGCCGCACACGAGCUUGAGAAAUGCAUGACCGCUUGACAACACUCUAAUUGUUGCUGUUCAAUUUUGGUCUCUCCUUUCUUAUUUUCAGGAUUUCAGCUAUGAGAAAGAACGUCCUUGCUAAGUGUUAUGGUGGUGAUGUUUCUCGAAAGAGGAAGUUGUUGGAAAAGCAGAAAGAAGGAAAGAAGCGAAUGAAACGUGUUGGAUCUGUUGAUAUACCUCAAGAGGCUUUUCAUGAGCUAUUGAAGGUUUCAUAGUGGAGUUGUCUCAAAUGAUCAUCUGUAUCUUGCAACUAGUUACAAAUUCCCCCCCCC